AUGGACGUGGAUGUGGACGUGGACGUGGACAUGGACGUGGACGUGGACAUGGACGUGGACGUGGACGUGGACGUGGACGUGGACGUGGACAUGGACGUGGACGUGGACGUGGACGUGGACGUGGACGUGGACGUGGACGUGGACGUGGACAUGGACGUGGACGUGGACAUGGACGUGGACAUGGACGUGGACGUGGACAUGGUCGUGGAUGUGGACGUUGACGUGGACGUGGACAUGGACGUUGACGUGGACAUGGACGUAGACAUAGACGUGGACAUGGACGUGGACGUGGACAUGGACGUGGACAUGGACGUGGACGUGGACGUGGACGUGGACAUGGACGUGGACGUGGACGGGGACGUGGACGAAGACAUGGUUGUGGACGUGGACGUGGACGUGGACGUGGAGGAACAUGGACGUGGAUGUGGACGUGGACGUGGACGUGGACGUGGACAUGGACGUGGACGUGGACGUGGACGUGAACGUGGACAUGGACGUGGACAUGGACGUGGUCGUGGACGUGGACGUGGACAUGGACGUGGACAUGGACGUGGACGUGGACGUGGACGUGGACGUGGACGUAGACGUGGACGUGGACGUGGACGUGGACCUGGACGUGGACGUGGACCUGGACGUGGACGUGGACCUGGACGUGGACGUGGACGUGGAGGAAUGUGGACGUGGACGUGGACGUGGACGUGGAGGAACAUGGACGUGGACGUGGACGUGGACGUGGACAUGGACGUGGACGUGGACGUGGACGUGGACGUGGACGUGGACAUGGAGGUGGACGUGGACGUGGACGUGGACGUGGACGUGGACGUGGACGUGGACGUGGACGUGGACGUGGACCUAGACGUGGACGUGGACGUGGAUCUGGACGUGGACGUGGACGUGGACGUGGACGUGGACAUGGACGUGGACGUGGACAUGGACUUGGACGUGGACAUGGACGUGGACGUGGACGUGGACGUGGACGUGGACAUGGACGUGGACGUGGACGUGGACGUGGACGUGGACCUAUACGUGGACGUGGAUGUGGACGUGGACGUGGACGUGGACUUGGACGUGGACGUGGACGUGGACUUGGACGUGGACGUAGACGUGGACGUGGACGUGGACGUGGACGUGGACGUGGACGUGGAUGUGGACAUGCACGUGGAUGUGGACGUGGACGAGGACAUGGACGUGGACGUGGACGUGGACGUGGACGUGGAUGUGGACGUGGACUUGGACGUGGACGUGGUCGUGGACAUGGACGUGGACGUGGACAUGGACUUGGACCUUGACGUGGACAUGGACGUGGACCUUGACGUGGACGUGGAUAUGGACGUGGACGUGGACGUGGACGUGGACGUGGACAUGGACGUGGACAUGGACGUGGACGUGGACGUGGACGUGGACGUGGACAUGGACGUGGACGUGGUCGUGGACAUGGACGUGGACGUGGACGUGGACUUGGACGUGGACGUGGAGGUGGACAUGGACAUGGACGUGGACGUGGACGUGGACGUGGACCUAGACGUGGACGUGGACGUGUACGUGGACGUGGACGUGGACAUGGACAUGGACGUGGACGUGGACGUGGACAUGGACGUGGACGUGGACGUGGACCUGGACGUGGACCUGGACGUGGACGUGGACGUGGACGUGGACGUGGACAUGGACAUAGACAUGGACAUGGACAUGGACGUGGACAUGGACGUGGACGUGAACGUGGACAUGGACAUAGACAUGGACAUGGACAUGGACGUGGACAUGGACGUGGACGUGGACGUGGACGUGGACAUGGACAUAGACAUGGACAUGGACAUGGACGUGGACAUGGACGUGGACGUGGACGUGGACGUGGACGUGGAGGACUUGGACGUGGACAUGGACGUGGACGUGGAAGUGGACGUGGACGUGGACAUGGACAUGGACAUAGACAUGGACAUGGACGUGGACAUGGACAUGGACAUGGACAUGGACAUAGACGUGGACGUGGACGUGGACGUGGACAUGGACAUAGACAUGGACAUGGACGUGGACGUGGACAUGGACAUGGACAUGGACAUAGACAUGGACAUGGACGUGGACAUGGACAUGGACAUGGACAUGGACAUAGACAUAGACAUGGACAUGGACAUGGACAUGGACAUAGACAUGGACAUAGACAUGGACAUGGACGUGGACAUGGACAUGGACAUGGACAUGGACAUGGACGUGGACGUGGACGUGGACAUGGACAUGGACAUGGACAUAGACAUGGACAUGGACGUGGACGUGGACGUGGACGUGGACGUGGACAUGGACAUAGACAUGGACAUGGACAUGGACGUGGACAUGGACGUGGACGUGGACGUGGACGUGGACGUGGAGGACUUGGACGUGGACAUGGACGUGGACGUGGAAGUGGACGUGGACGUGGACAUGGACGUGGACAUGGACAUGGACAUGGACAUGGACAUGGACGUGGACAUGGACAUGGACGUGGACGUGGACUUGGACGUGGAGGACUUGGACGUGGACAUGGACGUGGACGUGGACGUGGACGUGGACGUGGACAUGGACGUGGACGUGGACGUGGACGUGGACGUGGACGUGGACAUGGACGUAGACGUGGACGUGGACGUGGACGUGGACAUGGACGUGGACGUGUACGUGGACAUGGACGUGGACGUGGACGUGGACGUGGACGUGGACAUGGUCGUGGACGUGGACGUGGACGUGGACGUGGACAUGGACGUAGACGUGGACGUGGAUGAAGACGUAGACGUGGACGUGGACGUGGACGUGGACAUGGACAUGGACGUGGACGUGUACGUGGACGUGGACGUGGACAUGGACAUGGACGUGGACGUGGACGUGGACAUGGACGUGGACGUGGACGUGGACCUGGACGUGGACGUGGACGUGGACGUGGACGUGGACGUGGACGUGGACAUGGACAUGGACAUGGACAUGGACAUGGACGUGGACAUGGACGUGGACGUGGACGUGGACGUGGACGUGGAGGACUUGGACGUGGACAUGGACGUGGACGUGGAAGUGGACGUGGACGUGGACAUGGACGUGGACAUGGAUAUGGACAUGGACAUGGACAUGGACAUGGACGUGGACAUGGACAUGGACGUGGACGUGGACGUGGACGUGGAGGACUUGGACGUUGACAUGGACGUGGACGUGGACGUGGACGUGGACGUGGACAUGGACGUGGACGUGGACGUGGACGUGGACGUGGACAUGGACGUGGACGUGGACGUGGACGUGGACGUGGACAUGGACGUGGACGUGGACGUGGACAUGGACGUGGACGUGGACGUGGACGUGGACGUGGACAUGGUCGUGGACGUGGACGUGGACGUGGACGUGGACAUGGACGUGGACGUGGACGUGGACGUGGAUGAAGACGUAGACGUGGACGUGGACGUGGAUGAAGACGUGGUCGUGGACGUGGACGUGGACAUGGACGUGGACGUGGAUGAAGACGUGGUCGAGGACGUGGACGUAGACGUGGACAUGGACGUGGACGUUGACGUGGACGUGGACAUGGUCGUGGACGUGGAGAUGGACGUGGACGAAGACGUGGUCGAGGACGUGGACGUGGACAUGGACGUGGACGUGGACGUGGACGUGGACGAAGACGUGGUCGAAGACGUGGACGAAGACGUGGUCGAGGACGAGGACGUGGAGGACUUGGAGGUGGACGUGGAUGUGGACGUGGACGUGGACAUGGUCAUAGACGUGGACAUGGACGUGGUUGUGGACGUGGACGUGGACAUGGACGUGGACGUGGACGUGGACGUGGACGUGGACAUGGACGUGGACGUGGACGUGGACGUGGACGUGGACGUGGACAUGGACGUGGACGUGGACUUGGACAUGGACGUGGACGUGGACGUGGACUUGGACCUGGACGUGGACGUGGACAUGGACAUGGACGUGGACGUGGACGUGGACGUGGACGUGGACAUGGACGUGGAGGUGGAUGUGGACAUGGACGUGGACGUCGACAUGGACAUGGACGUGGACAUGGACUUGGACAUGGACGUGGACGUGGACGUGGAGGACUUGGACAUGGACAUGGACGUGGACGUGGACAUGGACGUGGACGUGGACGUGGACCUGGACGUGGAGGUGGAUGUUGACAUGGACGUGGACGUGGACGUGGACAUGGACGUGGACGUGGACGUGGACCUGGACGUGGACGUGGACGUGUACGUGGACGUGGACGUGGAUAUGGACAUGGACGUGGACGUGGACGUGGACGUGGACAUGGACGUGGACGUGGACGUGGACCUGGACGUGGACCUGGACGUGGACGUGGACGUGGACGUGGACGUGGACAUGGACAUGGACGUGGACAUGGACGUGGACUUGGACGUGGACGUGGACAUGGACAUGGACGUGGACAUGGACGUGGACGUGGACAUGGACAUGGACGUGGACAUGGACGUGGACGUGGACGUGGACGUGGACGUGGAGGACUUGGACAUGGACAUGGACGUGGACGUGGACAUGGACGUGGACGAAGACAUGGUCGUGGACGAGGACGUGGACGUGGACGUGGUCGUUGACGUGGACGUGUACGUGUACGUGGACGUGGACGUGGACAUGGACGUGGACGUGGACGUGGACGUGGACGUGGACAUGGUCGUGGACGUGGACGUGGACGUGGACGUGGACGUGGACAUGGACGUGGACGUGGACAUGGACGUGGACGUGGACGUGGACGUGGACAUGGACGUAGACGUGGACGUGGACGUGGAUGAAGACGUGGUCGAGGACGUGGACGUGGACAUGGAUGUGGACGUGGACGUGGACGUGGACAAAGACGUGGACGAAGACGUGGACGAAGACGUGGUCGAGGACGUGGACGUGGAGGACUUCGUGGACUUGGACAUGGACGUGGAGGUGGACAUGGACAUGGACGUGGACGUGGACGUGGACGUGGACGUGGACCUGGAUGUGGACGUGGAUGUGGACGUGGAGGUGGACAUGGACAUGUACAGGGACAUGGACGUGGACGUGGACGUGGACAUGGUCGUGGACGUGGACGUGGACGUGGACGUGGACAUGGUCGUGGACGUGGACAUGGACGUGGACGUGGACGUGGAGGUGGACGUGAACGUGGACGUGGACAUGGUCGUGGACGUGGAUAUGGACGUGGACGUGGACGUGGACAUGGACGUGGACGUGGACGUGGAAGUGGACGUGUCCGUGGAGGUGGACAUGAACGUGGACGUGGACAUGGACGUGGACGUGGACGUGGACAUGGACAUGGACGUGGACGUGGACGUGGACAUGGACGUGGACGUGGACGUGGACGUGGACAUAGACAUGGACGUGGACGUGGACGUGGACGUGGACGUGGACAUGGACGUGGACAUGGACAUGGACAUGGACGUGGACAUGGACGUGUACAUGGACGUGGACGUGUACAUGGACGUGGACGUGUACAUGGACGUGGACGUGUACAUGGACGUGGACGUGGACGUGUACAUGGACAUGGACAUGUACGUGGACGUGGACUUGGACCUUGACGUGGACAUGGACGUGGACCUUGACGUGGACGUGGACAUGGACGUGGACGUGGACGUGGACGUGGACAUGGACGUGGACAUGGACGUGGAUGUGGACAUGGACGUUGACGUGGUCGAGGACGUGGACGAGGAUGUGGACGUGGACGUGGACAUGGACGUGGUCGUGGACGUGGUCGUGGACGUAGACAUAGUCGUGGACAUGGUCCUGGACGUGGACAUGGACGUGGACGUGGACGUGGACGUGGACGUGGACGUUGACAUGGACGUGGACAUGGACGUGGACGUGGACGUUGACGUGGACGUGGACAUGGACGUGGACGUGGACGUGGACAUGGACGUGGACGUGGACAUGGACGUGGACGUGGUCGUGGACAUGGACGUGGACGUGGACGUGGACUUGGACGUGGACGUGGACGUGGACGUGGACCUGGACGUGGACGUGGACGUGGACAUGGACGUGGACGUGGACAUGGACGUGGACGUGGACAUGGACGUGGACAUGGACGUGGAUGUGGACAUGGACGUGGACAUGGAUGUGGACGUGGACGUGGACGUGGACGUGGACAUGGACGUGGACGUGGACGUGGACGUAGACGUGGACAUGGACGUGGACGUGGACGUGGACAUGGACGUGGACAUGGACGUGGACGUGGACGUGGACAUGGACAUGGACGUGGACAUGGACGUGGACGUGGACGUGGACGUAGACCUGGACGUGGACGUGGACGUGGACAUGGACAUGGAUGUGGACAUGGACAUGGACGUAGACGUGGACGUGGACAUGGACGUGGACGUGGACGUGGACAUGGACGUGCACGUGGACGUGGACGUGGACGUGGACGUAGACGUGGACAUGGACGUGGACGUGGACGUGGACGUGGAGGUGGAGGUGGACGUGGACGUGGACGUGGAGGUGGACGUGGAUGUGGACGUGGACGUGGACAUGGACGUGGACGUGGACGUACACAUAAACGUGGACGUGGAGGACUUGGACGUGGACGUGGACGUGGACGUAGACGUGGACGUGGACGAGGACCUUGACGUGGACGUGGACAUGGACGUGGACGUGGACGUGGACGUGGACGUGGACAUGGACGAGGACGUGGACGUGGACGUCGACGUGGACGUGGACGUAAACGUGGAGGACUUGGACGUGGACGUGGACGUGGACGUGGACUUGGACGUGGACGUGUACGUGGACGAGGACGUAUACGUGGACGUGGACAUGGACGUGUACGUGGACGAGGACGUAUACGUGGACGUGGACAUGGACGUGGACGUGGACGUGGACGUGGACGAGGACAUCGACGUGGACGUGGACGACGUGGACGUAGACGUGGACGUGGACGUGGACAUGGACGAGGAGGUGGACGUGGACGUGGAGAUGGACGUGGACAUGGACGUGGACCUGAACGACUUGGAUGUGGACGUGGACGUGGACGAGGACCUGGACGUGGACGUGGAAUUGGAUGAGGACGUAGACGUGGACGUGGACAUGGACGUGGACGUGGACGUGGACGUGGACGAGGACAUGGACGUGGACGUGGACGUGAACGUGGACGUGGACGUGGACAUGGACGUGGACGAGGACAUGGACGAGGACGUGGACGUGGACAUGGACGUGGACGUGGACGUGGAAAUGGACGUGGACGUGGACGUGAACGUGGACGUGGACAGGGACAUGGACGUAGACGUGGACGUGGACGUGAACGUGGACGUGGACGAGGACGUGGACGUGGACGUGGACGUGGACGUGGACGUGGACCUGGACGUCGACAUGGAGGUGGACGUAGACGUUGACGUGGACGUGGACGUGGACGUGGACGUGGACGUGGACGUGGACAUGGACGUGGACGUGGACGUGGACGUGGACAUGGACGUGGACGUGGACGUGGACAUGGACGUGGACGUGGACGUCGACAUGGACGUGGACGUGGACGUAGACGUGGACGAGGACGUGGACGUGGACAUGAACGUGGACGUGGACGUGGACGUGGACAUGGACGUGGACGUGGACGUGGACGUGGACGUGGACAUGGACGUGGACGUGGACGUGGACGUCGACGUGGACGUGGACGUGGAGGACUUGGACGUGGACGUGGACGUGGACGUGGACUUGGACGUGGACGUGGACGUGGACGAGGACGUAGACGUGGACGUGGACAUGGACGUGGACGUGGACGUGGACGAGGACAUGGACGUGGACGUGGACGAGGACUUGGACGUGGACGUGGACAUGGACGAGGAGGUGGACGUAGACGUGGACAUGGACGUGGACGUGGACGUGGACGUGAACGUGGACGUGGACGUGGACGUAGACGUGGACGCGGACAUGGACAUGGAGGUGGACGUGGACGUGGACGUAGACGUGGACCUGGACGUGGAGGACUUGGAGGUGGACGUGGACGUGGACGUGGACGAGGACCUGGACGUGGAGGACUUGGAUGUGGACGUGGACGUGGACGUGGACGAGGACCUGGACGUGGACGUGGACGUGGACGAGGACGUAGACGUGGACGUGGACAUGGACGUGGACGUGGACGUGGACGUGGACGAGGACAUGGACGUGGACGUGGACGUGGACGUGGACAUGGACGUGGACAUGGACGUGGACGUGGAUGUGGACGUGGACAUGGACGUGGACGUGGACGUGGACAUGGACGUGGACGUGGACGUGGACAUGGACGUGGACGUGGACGUGGACGUGGACGUGGACAUGGACGUGGACGUGGACGUGGACGUGGACGUGGACGUGGACGUGGACGUGGACAUGGACGUGGACAUGGACGUGGAUGUGGACGUGGACAUGGACGUGGACAUGGACGUGGACGUGGACGUGGACGUGGACAUGGACGUGGACGUGGACGUGGAGGUGGACAUGGACGUGGACGUGGACGUGGACGUGGACGUGGACAUGGAGGUGGACGUGGACGUGGACGUGGACGUGGACAUGGACGUGGACGUGGACGUGGACACGUGGACGUGGACGUGGACGUGGACGUGGACGUGGACGUGGACGUUGACAUGGACGUGGACGUGA